AUGUUCCGCCUCCAUCGCCGCGCCGUCGCUUCGGUUUCCUCUUCGAUCGGUCUCUCCCGCCGCGUCCCGGCCACGCUCCCCCAUGACCCGUCCCUGCCGUCGUGUCUACGGCGUCGUGGCUUCCGCUCGAUCCCCGGCGUAGGCGCCGACAAGCGCGCGCUCUUUGAGCAAAAGGGACUCUACCGCUCGCUCGAGGAGAAGGACAGUUGCGGCGUGGGCAUGAUCGCCAGCCUCAAGAAACAGCCGUCGCGCGCCACGGUCGUCCAGGCCAAUGAGAUGCUCGUGCGCAUGUCGCAUCGCGGCGGCUGUGGCUGCGACCCCGCGUCGGGCGAUGGCGCCGGCAUGUUGGUCGCCUUGCCGCAUGAGUUUAUCCAGCGCGUCGCAGCCGACGGCGAGUUUGGCGUACAGACGAGACACUUGGUGCUCGAAAAAGAAUUGUACGCGGUGGGCAACGUCUUUUUCAACAAGAACGCGCCGGACGCGAUUCCGUUAGCGAAAAAGACGUUCGAUGACAUGGCCGAAGCCUUGGGGCUCAAAGUCGCCGGCUGGCGCGUGCUGCCCACGACGUCGACGACGCUGGGCGCCACGUCUCUUGCGUCCGAGCCUCAUGUCGAGCAGGUCAUGAUCUUGAACGAGAACCCGGAGCUGUCGGGCGACGACUUUGAGAAGGAGCUUGUGCGACUGCGCAACGUCGUCACGAGUGUGAACGAGAAGAAAUUCUCGGACUUUUACGUCAAUUCGCUGAGUAAUCGCACGAUCACGUACAAGGGUCAGCUCACGCCUGAACAGCUGUUUGAGUACUAUAACGAUCUCUCAGCUGCGGACUUUACGUCGUACGUGGCGCUCGUGCACUCUCGGUUCUCUACGAACACGUUCCCAUCGUGGGAUCGGGCGCAGCCGAAUCGCAUCAUGUGUCACAAUGGCGAGAUUAACACGCUGCGUGGCAACAAGAACUGGAUGUACGCCCGCGGUGGCACUUUGCACAGCUCGUACUUUGGCAACCGCACAUCAGAUCUGCUGCCAGUGUGCUCGGACUCCAAGUCGGACUCUGGAAACUUUGAUGCUGUUUUGGAGAUCUUGACCAAAGCCAGUUCGUGUAAUCGGUCGCUACCGGAGGGUAUGAUGAUGAUGAUCCCUGAAGCCUGGCAGAACGAUCCGCUGAUCGAUCCGCACAAGAAAAACAUGUACAAGUAUCAGUCGUUGCUGAUGGAGCCAUGGGAUGGUCCAGCCAUGAUGGCGUUUACGGAUGGCAAGUACAUUGGCGCCACGCUGGACCGCAAUGGCCUGCGGCCAAGCCGAUACUAUGUCACGAAAGACGACCACGUGCUUCUUUCUAGUGAAAUUGGUGUGCUGGAGCACUUGUCGGAGAAAGACAUUAAAUACAAACGGCGAUUAGAGCCUGGCAAGAUGUUCCUCGUGGACUUCGAGCGCGGUAUGAUUGUGUCGGACGAUGAAGUCAAGAAGUCAGUUAGCGAGAGCCGUCCUUUUAAGAAAUGGUUGGAGGAAAAUCUCGUGUCGCUGUCGGAGCUCACUGCGACCAAAGGGGAGACAGCACCGCAGAACAAGCGUCAGUCUAACCAUGCUGAGCUUAAUCGGCGUUUGAAUAUGUUUGGCUUCACGACGGAGACGAUGGACUUGCUCAUGAUGCCAAUGGGUAUUACGGGUAAAGAGCCAUUGGGCAGCAUGGGUAAUGAUGCGCCGCUGGCUGUGCUGUCGGAGCAGCCUAAGCUGCCAUUUGAGUACUUCAAGCAGCUAUUUGCUCAAGUUACAAAUCCGCCGAUUGAUCCCAUUCGCGAGGAGUUGGUCAUGAGUUUGAUGUGCCCAGUGGGUCCGGCAGCAAACUUGCUUGAUGCGACAGCAGAGCACGCCAAGCGACUAAUGGUGGAACACCCCGUCAUGUCGAACGCCGAAAUGGCUGCUCUUAAGAGCACUAAUAAUCCGGACUGGACGCCGAAAGUGCUGGAUGCUACAUUCUCUGCUGGCAGCGGUGCGCGUGGUCUAGUGGAGGCUCUGUACCGCCUGUGCGAGCAAGCCACAGACGCGCUUGUUAACGAGAAGGCUCCCAUUAUUGUGUUGUCUGAUAAGCUGGCUGGUGUCAAUCGGUACCCGGUGCCAUCUCUGCUUGCUGUUGGUGCCGUCCACCAGCACCUUCUCGGUACGCAGCAGCGAACAAGUAUGGCCCUGUUCACAGAGUGUGGAGACGCCAAGGAGGUGCACGACUUUUGUACAUUGUUGGGCUUUGGCGCUGACGCUAUCAACCCUCACAUGGCAGAGAUGGCGCUUAAGAAGAUGAACGAGGAAGGUCUAAUAUACGCUCACUCCAAGGAGGAGAUGACAAACUCGGAGGUUUUCAGCAAGUACCGCGCUGCCGUAGGUAAGGGUAUACUAAAGGUCAUGUCCAAGAUGGGCAUUUCUACGCUUCAGUCGUACAAGGGUGCACAAGUCUUUGAGGCUGUGGGUCUAGGUGACGAUAUCAUCAGCAUGUGCUUCGAAGGAACGAAUUCGCGCAUCCAGGGUACGGAUUUUGAGGCUCUAUACACAGAUAUUUCUCGUUUCCAUGAAGCCGGGUAUCCGCUUCACUCGGACAUGCUGCCUCUCAUCCGUAAUCCUGGCAGCUAUCACUUUCGCAACGACUCGGAGGUGCACUACAAUUCACCCAGAAAUAUAGUCGCGCUGCAGCUUGCUGCUCGCGAAAACUCGCGCGAAGCGUACGCACAGUACGUCGAGGAGACAAACGAGCUUUGCAAGCGCGUAAAUCUGCGUGGCCUCUUAGAGUUCAAGUUUGUUGAUGAGGACAAGAUGCCGAAGCUGCAGGAGAUGGAAAGUGUUGCUGACAUUGUCAAGCGCUUCAACACGGGCGCCAUGAGUCUGGGGAGCAUAUCGCAGGAGACGCACGAGGCCCUCGCCAUUGCAAUGAACACGCUUGGUGGACGUAGCAACACUGGCGAAGGCGGCGAAGACGUUAAGCGCUUUACGAAGCUGGGAGAACCGCCUAAUCUUCGCCGAUCAGCUAUCAAGCAAGUAGCUUCAGGUCGUUUUGGCGUGACUAUGAACUACCUGUCAAACGCGGACCAAUUGCAAAUCAAGAUGGCGCAAGGCGCAAAGCCAGGUGAGGGUGGUGAGCUACCUGGACACAAGGUUAGUGAAUACAUUGGCUCGAUGCGACACACUACGCCUGGCGUAGGUCUUAUCUCCCCGCCCCCGCACCACGAUAUAUACUCAAUCGAAGAUCUGGCUCAGUUGAUUCACGACCUCAAGCACUCGAACCCGUCGGCAGAGGUGUCGGUAAAGCUCGUGUCCGAGGUCGGAGUCGGGGUCGUUGCUGCCGGAGUGGCCAAGGCGAAGUCAGAUCACAUCACUGUGUCUGGCCACGAUGGUGGCACUGGUGCGUCGUCAUGGACUGGCGUUAAAAACGGCGGUCUGCCAUGGGAGUUAGGCCUUGCAGAGACGCAGCAGACGCUGGUACUGAACGAUCUUCGGUCGCGCGUGAAACUGCAGACUGAUGGUCAGCUGAAGACUGGGCGUGAUGUGAUGGUUGCUGCUCUGCUUGGUGCUGAAGAGUACGGGUUUGCUACGGGUCCGUUGAUAGCUCUCGGCUGUAUUAUGAUGCGCAAGUGUCACUUGAACACUUGCCCGGUCGGAAUUGCUACGCAAGAUCCAGAGCUGCGGAAGAAGUUCCAGGGCCAGCCAGAGCAUGUUAUGAAUUUUAUGUUUAUGCUCGCCGAAGAAGUGCAGGACUACAUGCGUCGCCUGGGGUUCCGCAAGCUUGACGAUCUAAUUGGUCGUGCGGACCUUCUUAAGGUGAAUGAGGAUGCGCUGCACUACAAAAGCCGCAAGCUCGAUCUUUCUCCGCUUUUAAUAAACGCUAGCACGCUAAAUGAGGGUGCAGGAGUGAAAAAAGAGAUCGAGCAGAGCCACGAUGUUGAGAACUGCAUCGAUAUGCGCCUGAUCGCUAAGGCUAAGGACGCGCUGGAAAGCAGGACCCCGGUAGUGAUCGAAGACGUUGCAACUAACCUGGACCGCACGCUCGGCGCCACGCUGUCGCACGAGAUCUGUAAACGCUAUGGUGAGGAAGGUCUUCCUGACGGUACAAUCCACUUAAAGCUGAAGGGGCACGGUGGUCAGAGUCUGGCGUUCGGCCUUGCCAAGGGCGUUCGUCUUGAUUUGGAGGGUGACUCGAACGACUACGUUGGCAAGGCACUUUCUGGUGGUGAGGUGUCAGUUUACCCAAGUCCGGACUUCUCGGGACGUGUGGAUCCGGAGAAUGUCAUUGUUGGCAAUGCUGUGUUAUAUGGUGCUACGAGUGGCGAGGCUUUUUUCUCAGGCAAGGCUGGCGAGCGUUUCUGCGUGCGCAACUCUGGCGUGAAAGCUGUAGUCGAAGGUGUGGGUGACCACGGCUGUGAGUACAUGACUGGCGGUCGCGUGGUUGUCCUCGGCUCUACGGGUCGCAACUUCGCUGCUGGUAUGUCGGGUGGCAUUGCUUAUAUUUAUGACGAGGACAGUAGCUUCCAGAAGAAGUGCAACCUGGGCAUGGUAGGCGUGGGCGCGCUCAUUGACACUGCGUCAGACUCUGAGAUCCAAGAGCUGAAGGCUCUAAUUGUAAAACAUCUGGACCGGACACAAUCCCUUAAGGCGCAGGAGGUGCUGGACAACUGGGAUACAUCUGCGAACAAGUUCGUGCGUGUGAUGCCGCACGACUAUGAGCGUGUGAUUUUACAGCACGCGGCUGUUGUGGAGGAGGCGAAGACGUCAGCUUUUGCUUCCGCGUAG